CCCUCGGAUAUUAAAACAAUCGCCCAUUGGUCGCUACCGAAGUGAUCCGUGACGAGGGUCGUCAAUAGUCACAGAUACUAGGUAUCUACUAGCAAUCUGUGACUCGCACCUCAUUCCCCUCCCCUCCCCAUCCUUUUCCUAAUCCCUUCUCUCCUGCUGAUACCUUACUUCAAGCGGGCUUAAUUUCCGGGCCCAUCCCCGAUCGCGCUCCUAGUUCUUACAUGAUUACUCAUUAACACUCUCUAGGAUCGAAGGUUAUGGCCUUGCCACCCCCUGAGUCCUCCCAUAGCAGAGGACCGGAACAGAAUCGCCUGCUCCAACUGCCGACCGAGCUCUUGGAUGAGAGUUUUGCCAUUGUUUGAUUUCGCCUGUGUCUGGAGUCUAAUCAACGUAUCUUCGCGUCGGCUAUCAAUAGUCAUGCCUUGGAUAUAGUGGAGACAGUAAUGAACUCGACAGUUCCAGUACAAACACUAAUGCUGAUGCGAGGCGUUCUUGCGAUACGCACUCGUUCGUCCGCUUGCCCGGCCUAUGGCGAUGCCAGAGGGCUUCUUCAUGGAGAACCUUCUGCAGUAGAUAGAAUCGUCGCAACACCAGCGCAGCUACGCAGAUUUGUCAGACUUUCCCAUCACAACUACGUCCUGUCCCAUCUGUGCAUCGACAGAUGUCUCCAGCGAUGCCUGGAUACUCCCCUUGGAUGACAAGACUAUCCGGAAGGCUUCCGGUUGCCAACAUGGACUGAAGAGCACUGAACCCUUCUGUCGUUCUGGCGUGCUAUGCUUUUCAAUAACCUUAGAACAGAAGGACGCCAAGGAUCAUUGGCAUGGCCGGCUGAGGACUUGGAGAAGUUAGAAAUGUACCAUGCGGCCCACAUUAACUAUCCGUACAUUGCAAUACUGCAGGUGUGACCAUACUAAAUUUCAAUGAUCAACUAGACAACCCGGCACACACUGAGAAAUCCCCGCUUCACAUCUCCUCGCAAUCAUUGCAGGUACCCAAGCUUCCCCGGAACAGAGAAUUUGGCCGGGUAUGUCAGCCACCACCAUCCCCAGAGGCCAUAAUGCAAGGCCAG